AUGUCCGACCCCAAGGAAUAUACCAUAGGCUGGAUCUGCGCCAUCAGCACGGAGUACACUGCGGCGCAAGCUUUUCUGGAUGAAAAGCACCCAGCACCUGAACCUCUUUCUCCUGCGGACAACAAUGACUAUACAGUAGGAAAGAUCGGAAAACACAAGGUCGUCAUUGCUGUCUUACCUUAUGGCGAGUAUGGAACUUCUUCUGCAGCAAAUGUGGCAAGAGACAUGCUCCAUAGCUUUCCUAACGUGAGGAUCGGCCUGAUGGUUGGCAUCGGCGGUGGUGCACCAUCCUCACAGCAUGACGUUCGUCUGGGAGAUAUAGUGGUCAGCGCUCCCAGUGAGGGGAAUGGUGGCGUGUUUCAGUACGACUUUGGAAAAACAAUACAAAACCAAGCCUUCCAACCAACAGGAGUCCUGAACCAGCCUCCAACAGCCCUGCGUACGGUGAUUAGCGGAUUACGGAGUGAAUACGAGAUAGAAGGACACAAACUUGAAGAAGCCAUCAUCGGUGUUCUAGAGAGAAAGCCAAGAUUGCGGAAGAAGUACAAACGACCAGACCCAUGUAGCGACAAACUGUACCGAAGCGAAUUCCUCCAUCCCUUGGGAAACGACGCGAGCUGUGCAGUGAUCUGCGGGGACGAUCCAGCUCAUUUGGUCCUGAGGCCGGAGCGGAUGGAUGAUGAAGAUAGUCUGGCAAUUCACUAUGGCUUGAUUGCUUCCGCAAACCAGUUGAUGAAAGACGCUUUGAUACGAGAUAAACUUGCCGCAGAAGAGAGCGUUUUGUGCUUUGAAAUGGAAGCGGCGGGACUGAUGAACCAUUUUUCUUGCCUAGUCAUUCGCGGUAUCUGUGACUACUCCGACUCCCAUAAGAACAAGGAGUGGCAGGGGUACGCAGCUAUGGUAGCGGCUGCCUAUGCACGCGAUCUUCUCUAUCGACUUGCCCCGACUAGGGUUGAGAACGAGAAAAGAAUAAGCGAGCUUUUUCUUGACAUCAAUGAAACUAUGUCGAGAGCUGAAGCGGGUCUUGCAACGAUAAGCUCAAAGCUGAAUAAGAGGGAUGAUAUUGAAGCACUCGAAUGGUUGACUAAGAACAAUCAGGGACCAUACCAAAGUGAUUUCCUUAAGCGGAGGCAACCAGGAACAGGCCAAUGGCUCCUCCAAUCACCUGAAUACCAAAGAUGGCGAACAACAGAAAAACAAACGCUAUUCUGCUCAGGCAUUCCCGGGGCUGGUAAAACCAUUCUGACUGCGAUAGUCAUUGAAGACCUCACAGCACAAUGCUCGAGCGAUCCAAGUAUAGGCCUAGCUUAUGUCUACUGUAACUUCAGACUGCAGGAUGAACAGAAGGCUGAAGACCUACUAGCGAGCAUUCUCAAACAAUUAACAUGUUCGGUGCCAGAGAGCGUGACAAAGCUCUAUGAACAACACAGGGACAGACGCACACGGCCAUCAAUGAACGAAUUAUCGAAAGCUUUACAAACUGUAGCGAAAAGAUACACAACAGUUUUCGUGGUCAUUGAUGCGCUUGAUGAAUGCCAGACAGUAGAUGAUUGUCGAAAUGUGCUCUUAUCUCAACUCUUCGAUCUCCAAAAGAAGUGCGCUGUGAAACUUUUUGCCACUGCAAGGCCAAUACCAGAUAUUACGGAAAUGUUUAUCGGAGAACAUUUGAGUAUUCGCGCCCAUGAAAGCGAUCUGCACAAGUAUUUGGAAGGGCGCAUCUUACAAGCUGAAUCAGAACUCCUGCAAUCAUACAAGGAAGAGAUCAAGAAGAUAAUUGCAGAAGUUGCGGAUGGAAUGUUUCUGUUGGCACAGCUUCUCUUCGACUCCAUUAAGACCAAGAUGACACUCAAGAAAGUUAAAGAAACACUGCAAAGUCUUUCUAGGGGACCUGACGCAUAUGCCCAGGCGUAUGAGGAUGCUAAACGCCGAAUCGAAGGGCAGGAUCCUGAGGCGUCAAAGCUUGCUAUGAACGUUUUGAUGUGGAUCACUUGUGCCAAGAGACGACUUAGUAUUCGAGAACUUCAGGAGGCGCUAGCAGUGGAAGAAGGCCAAAGCUUUCUUGAUCAAGAAAACAUUACCAGCUAUAGAUUCAUAGUCUCGGUUUGCGCCGGACUGGUUGCGGUCGAUGAAGAAAACCAGGUGAUUCGUUUGGUUCACUACACGACGCAAGAAUACCUUGAAAGAAAGCAAUUCGCUUGGUUCCCUGAUGCAGAUCUUCGUUUGACCACUGUCUGCGUCACUUACCUCUCAUUCGACAUAUUCGAGAAAGGGUACUGUAUGACUGAUAUGAAGUAUGAGAUGCGGCUUGAACAAUAUCCACUUUAUGAAUACGCAGCACAUAAUUGGGGGUGCCAUGCUCGUGGAGCUGAGACAGACACCAGAAACCUAUGUCACGCGUUCUUCGAGAGUGACUUGAAGAUCUCUGCUUCAGUCCAGGCUCUGGCAGUUUCGCAGGAACGAAUUCAGGACUACUUCGAACAGGACUAUAUGAUAGGCUACAGUCAACUUGGACCAGCAAUGGCUACAGGUUUGCACUUGGCGGCCUGGUUUGGGCUAAGCGAGACAGCAAAUAGCCUUCUUGAACAUAAAGCGACUCUGAAUUCCAUGGAUACCUUCGCUCGCACGCCACUAUCCUGGGCUGCAGAGAAAGGACGUGGGAUUAUUGUCAAACUGUUCCUGGACAAGGGCGCCGACUUUGAUUCUAGAGAUAAAAAAGACAAAACGCCGCUAUUGUGGGCUGCGCACAAUGGACAUGAGAGUGUGGUUGAGAUGCUUCUAGAAAAGGGCGCCGACAUUGAUUCUAGAGAUAAAGAAGACAAAACGCCGCUAUUCUGGGCUGCGCACAAUGAACAUGAGUGUGUGGUUAAGAUGCUUCUGGAAAAGGGCGCUGACUUGGAUUUGAAAGAUGAUUGGGGUAGAACGCCGUUAUCUCUGGCUGCAAAGAGCGGACAUGAGAGUGUGGUUGAGAUGCUUCUGGAAAAGGGCGCUGACUUGGAUUUGAAAGAUGAUUGGGGUAAAACGCCGUUAUCUCUGGCUGCACAGAGCGGACACGAGAGUGUUGUUGAGUUGCUUCUGCAAAAGGGCGCCAACUUUGAUUUGGGCGAUGGAGAGGGCAAAACACCGCUCUCAUGGGCUGGACGGAGCGGACAUGAGAGUAUUGUUAAGCUGCUUCUGCAAAAGGGCGCCAACUUUGAUUUGGGCGAUGGAGAGGGCAAAACAUCGUUGACCUGGGCAGCACAGCGCGGACAUGGUAGUGUUGUUGAAUUGCUUCUGGAAAAGGGCGCCGAAUUUGAUUUGAGAGAUAAACGGGGUAAAACGCCGUUAUCUAUGGCUGCAGAGAGCGGACACGAGAGUGUUGUUAAGUUGCUUCUGCAAAAGGGCGCCUACUUUGAUUUAAAAGAUGAAUUGGGUAGAUCGCCGUUAUCUCGGGCUGCAGGGAGCGGACAUGAGAGUGUUGUUAAAUUGCUUCUGGAAAAGGGCGCUGACUUGGAUCUUGGAGAUAGGAUAGGCAUGACACCCUUAUCCUGGGCUGUUGAGAACGGACAUGAUAGUGUUGUCAGGCUACUUCUGGAAAGGGCACCGGCUUACAUUGAUCCUCCAGGGCUGGAGAUGAGUUUUUAUGACCACUUUAAUGCAUACUUGAAUGCCGGCUCUAUGCAACUAUAA